GGGGGGAGAAACAGACACACACACACACGGGGCCUAGUCGCCACAUCUUUCAUGCGAAGAAGCUGUGCCGCUAAACCACCCGUUUUUGGUUUCCCAAAUCAACUCCGGCCCGGGCCUGAGUCCGCGGUCUAGAGUUUGAUAGCGGGCUGUUUGAGACGGAAGCACGUCGGUGUGUAGCUGCCAGCCAGCCCCUCUGCCCCCACCACCAUCAUGGGAGACAGUAGAGAUUCCCGUAGCCCAGACAGUUCGUCUGUGUCCUCCCCUCCAUCGGGCCAACGCUCGCCUCCGCUGGUUCCCUCAGCCGCGGCUUCCAUGACCUCCCUGCCUCCCAUCACCACCACCGGGGUCAACAGCCCCAUCAGUAGCAUCGGCUCCCCCUUUUCUGUCAUCAGCUCUUCACUGGGCUCACCGUGCCUACCUGGCACGCCAUCAGUGGGUUACGGCCCCAUUAGCAGCCCACAGAUCAACUCAACAGUGUCCAUGUCAGGGCUUCAUGCAGUGAGCAGCUCAGAUGAUGUGAAACCUCCGUUGGGCUUGAAGCAGCUGUCGUCCCACAGCCCAGGGCCGAUGCUUUCCCAGAAACGCCUUUGUUCCAUCUGUGGAGACAGAUCCUCUGGUAAGCACUACGGUGUGUACAGCUGUGAGGGCUGUAAAGGUUUCUUCAAGCGGACUGUACGCAAAGACCUGACCUACACCUGUCGGGACAAUAAAGACUGUAUGGUGGAUAAGAGACAGAGGAACCGCUGCCAGUACUGCCGCUACCAGAAGUGCCUGGCCAUGGGCAUGAAGAGAGAAGCUGUCCAAGAGGAGCGGCAGAGGAACAAGGAACGAGACGGCGAGGUGGAGUCGACUAGCGCGGUGAAUGAGGAGAUGCCAGUGGAGAAGAUUUUGGAAGCGGAGAUGGCUGUGGAGCAGAAGACGGAGCUUCACGCAGAUGGAAGCUCAGGCGGCAGCUCUCCCAAUGACCCCGUCACCAACAUCUGUCAGGCAGCAGACAAGCAGCUCUUCACCCUGGUGGAGUGGGCCAAGAGGAUCCCUCACUUCUCUGAGCUGCCCCUUGACGACCAGGUCAUCCUGCUACGUGCAGGCUGGAAUGAACUCCUGAUUGCAUCGUUCUCCCAUCGCUCCAUCUCGGUGAAGGACGGAAUUUUAUUGGCCACCGGCUUGCAUGUCCACAGGAACAGUGCUCACAGUGCAGGUGUUGGCGCCAUCUUUGACAGGGCGCACAAUGCCGAGGUUGGGGCCAUAUUUGACAGGGUUUUGACAGAGCUUGUAAGCAAGAUGAGAGACAUGCAAAUGGACAAGACAGAGCUGGGCUGCCUUCGAGCCAUCAUCCUCUUUAACCCAGAUGCCAAGGGUUUGUCCAACCCCAGUGAGGUGGAGCUCCUGAGAGAGAGGGUGUACGCGUCUCUCGAGGCUUACUGCAAACAGAAAUACCCCGAUCAGCAGGGCAGGUUUGCAAAGCUCCUCCUCCGGCUCCCAGCACUGCGCUCCAUUGGUCUAAAGUGCCUGGAGCACCUGUUCUUCUUUAAACUGAUUGGUGACACGCCCAUCGACACCUUCCUGAUGGAGAUGCUAGAAGCGCCUCACCAGCUCACCUAGAGGAGCCAGGUUCGGUCCGGUCAGGAUCCGAUGUACACCAGGAUUACCAACACGUUACCCCAUGUUGGGUCGUUGGCUCAUCUCAUUGGGCCUCACUUAACUGCAGCACCUGCUGGUUUUAAUGUACCGGCUUACACUUGUACACACACAUACACACACACACAAAAAAAACACACAUAUACAAUGUCACCGGCUAAUUACCUUCACACACGCACAUGCAGAUCUUAACAUGCAGACAUGACUUGACAUACAGCAUAACUAAUACACAGAUAAUACGGCUCUGAAUGAACAAUAUGCUAAUACACAUACACACAUUUUCACCAUCUUUUCCCAUAUUCAGUUUUCCACCAUAGGGGGUUACAAUUCAAGAAUCUCCCUUUUAUCACGCAUAUACAGUAAAUGUCUUAAUUUUAAGUUAGCUUUCAGUUUUCACAUCUUCAUCUCACAGUGGGUUUCUGCUUCGGCGUAACUGGUAUACUUCCCCUGUUUUUACUUGGGUUACUUAGUUACACUGCUAGCUCCACCUCUGUAUAUUAUAUCAUCACUAGCCGGUUAGUUAUUCAUGUAUGGUUUUAGCUUAAAAUCAGGUGCGUAGCAUUUCAAUCAACUGUCCACCAUCAAACAAAUUCACUUCUUAUUGGUCAGGAGGUGUUCUAUAGUGGACAGGCAGACACACCCUCCCAGUGAGUUCAUCCAAUCUUGUAAACAUUGAAAUAUUUUAUGCUUUUUUGAAUAUUCAUGCUGAAACUUGUUUGAGUUUCUAUUUUGAAGUACUGUACUCAUGAAAUGAGAGCUUUUUCCAAGGCAUUGAAAUCCAGGAAAAGGGGGGUGGGAGCACUUUGUUGAACUGACAAACUUUGUCCCUCCCACUCUGAUGCGCACAGCGGGCUUUGUAAGACAAGAAGAAUGACUUGAAUUUUUUUUUCCUAGUUUUGAUUUUAUCCUUUUCUCUACUUUGGCAGUUGGUUGGCAUUUUAAACAGCUUGAGGCUCACAGGAAGUACAGCUUCAUGCAAGACAAAAUUGUAUUUGUUAGUCUUUUACUUCCCAUCCCCCCAAUUCCUCCCCGUUCCCCCAAUUCCUCCCUUUGCUGGUGGUCAUUUAUGCACUUUUGUGAGUUGUAACUGUGUAGAUGUUCCUGUUUCCUAGAAAUGACCAUCUGUUCUCAGACACCUAAGAUGACCUUGAAGGUGCUACGUGUAGGGUUUUCUCAUUAUUGCAUCAUUGUCAAAACAGAUGUGAUCAUUUGUUGCAGAACUUGAUAAAUAAUUGGCCACUUCCUGUACAGAUGAUAGCCAGGUUUGCAAAUUAGCACUAACUAGACAAAUUGUUGAAAAUGUUGGCUGGUAUUAAAUAUGUUAGUUUGUCCUAACAACCAGUCCAGCUGAAAGUCUGUUAUUCUUGAUUGACUAUUGACCGUUUAAUUUCUCCUGGCAGUCAGUCAGUAUCAAACUUCCUUUAACUGCCCACUGCUCGUGGAUGGAUCCCCGGCUGUGGAUAUAGAUUGGUAAACAAUGCACCAGUUUGGAAUUACUAAAGACCUCUGGUGUGUCAUGUUACUUUAUGGCAAUAAUGAAAUAAGUUAGUGCUAUAUAAUGGAAAUCCUACACCUACUACCUGCUGCUUUGGAAGCGUUAUUCAGUGUUUAUUGGCUCAGUGCUUGCCACUUUUGUACAGUAGAUGUAAAUAAUUAAAAAACAACAGAGAAGUCUUGCAGAAAACAAAGGCCUGUUCACACUCUUGUGAAUGUGAAACAUGUGGCUCCAACAAACAAAUCCAAAAGCUCUAUUUUUUUCUGUUGACUCCACAUUAGACUUGUACCGACAUCACCAUGAAAUUGUUAUUGAGCCCAGGGCCAAACCACACCUCACCGCUGCUUUUGCACCAACUUCUGCCAAUGUUUCCUGUUGUUCUUGGUAAUUGAUUGGCUGGAUUUCAUUGAUAAUGGCACUUGACAUUUACUGUGAUUGAAAUUUGUGGGCAACUGAAUCUGAGCAUUGCAGUGAAAAGUCAAAUGCAGCUACCACAUGAUCAGGAGAUAUAUACAGUAAACUAUGAACUAAACCGUCUGCACAUGCUCAAAGAUGAGCAGUACCGGGGUACACGGAAAGAUUUCUGACCAUUUUUUAAGUAUUUAAAAGAGUGUUGGCGUUCUAAGGUAUAUUUAGCCUUCUUAUUAGUCGCCACAUUUAAUAGAAAUUAGACACGUGCAUUUUGCAGUAUCAUUCUACAGGGAAGAGGCACGGCUGUCCUCUACCAGGUGCUAAAUAACUAACAUGGUCUUUCAGUUUAAGACUUGCACAUUUUCAUCAAUGCAAACACAGUAUGCAAGAACAGACAAAUCAGAAAGCCAUUCUCCACUCUUUGAACUGGUCUGCUUCAAACAUAGUUUUCCCUCUUAGUCGUAGUUUUUUUUUUCUUUUUGUUAUUUCACAACCCCUCACUUAAUCGCAGACUCCUAACUUUGGAAUAAGAACACCAGCGGAGCGCUUGUACAUUUCGACUGUGGCUGAUAGGUCUUUACUCUACCAGACACAGCCAGUGUAUUUUGUAUUUGAGGAAGCAGUUUGGCUGGUGGAAGCAAUGAAAGUAGCUGUUGAAUUUUGGGGUCCACCAGCUGCUUUGACCAGAAUGAGCAAUGAGCUUCCUGCCCUGCAGAUAGUCCAAAUACUUCUUCUCAAAGAGGAUCCUUGGCCUCCCCCAUGUGAUGUGGACUUGGAGGCUGGCAGUUAGAUGACCUGUAAGACAGGUGGUUUUGUUUAACAUGUCAGUAAGUUGGUCUAACCUUAGAGUUUGGUGUUGUUUCAGUUUUUCUCUAUCCAUGCAUACGGAUAUAUGCGUACAGUAUGGCCAAGCCGACAAAGUGGUCUCCAGAUGUCUAUUAAUUUACUCCAUGCAGAGAAACGUCAGCCCCUCGUGCACCACUGCUUCGUCAUUUUGAUGUUUGUUGGCAAAGAAAAACAAGGUGGUGGCAAGCUCGUGAUUUAGGUGACAAGCACCAACAUCUGCUACCAUUCUUGGACUGUGUAUGCUGUGGUAUGGUGUCAGUGCUUUAGUGGCUUGAGUUGCUUCAGAUGAGCUAAUACUAGCAGUCUUGAGACUUGAGUGAAAAGGAUUUUGUGGCCACCAGGCUUUGAGAUCUUUGAUCUGGAUUAGAGCUCAGCCAUCCUUAGACAGUUGGGCUGUGGAAUGAACUUUGUGUUUGUGUUUGUGUCCCUCAGAGAGUACGCUGAGGUGCUUUUGUCAAUAAUCUCAUCAUCUAAUUGUCUGACGUCUCAGCAACUUUCUCCGCAGGACCUUAUUUUCAGAGCUUCCUCUGUUGAAUCUUAAAGCUGGCUGCCACUGCGUCACGUUCAUGGUUGGGGAUGGGAAUGAUCAGUGGAGAGCUGGAGGAUCCACCAGUUUGCAUUAAGAAUAGUAGUCACAUAUAGAGCUGACUGAGCAAACGCCAGUCUUUCAUCAUCAUCAAAAAGUCAAAAUAUGCAAGUCGUAUAUUCAUAUUGUGAUGACAUUGUUAAACAACUGUCAUGCAAUAUGUGCAUUGCAUUUCUGGCGUUCAUCAGUUUUGGCUUCGUCUGUUACAUAAGUUACUAUUAAUUGACAGUGAAAUCAUUAAGAAUUCCCAUCCCUUCACAUAACAGCAAUGCAUUUAAGUUUUGCUAUGCCAUUUCUGUGUUUCUUUACAUUUUGCUAUGAGCUUAGGUCAUUUAGAGGAUGAUGAACAGAGUAAACUGAAUAAACAGAAUAAAAAAGCUGUACAGUCAGUGCAGGUUCUGUAUGCUAAGCCACUUUAAGCUGUGCUGACCAGGCAGACUGUUUUAGCGAGAGCCCGCGGUUGGGUAUUUCAGUUUUUUUUAGCGUUUGUUAUAGGGAAUAUGUGGCCACAUGUGUAUGGUUUAAUGCACGUGUGUAUGGAAUCUGUCUGCAGCUACGCCUUUUGACUGGCAGAUCCUAUAGCUUUGGCUGUGAUGUGCUGAGCGCUGUUAAAUUGGUUUGUUGAGCAAAAUAAUGAAAGGAUGCACAGAGGAAAAGGAACCAAGCAGGAGGGGUGAUUCACUGGCUUGUUGACCUGAUGCUUUAUCAACACAACCCAGCCUCCUCCCUUCCUUCACUUCGCCCUGUCUCCACUGCUUUACUUUCAGCUUAACAAACGCUUAUUCACUCACUUACGUGGGCUGAAAAUGACUGGGCUUGGCAUUGGAAUGGACUUGUAAAAUAAACCUAUGAUUCUUGGACUGUUUGAAAAGGAUGUGAAGCUUUUCGUGGGACAAGCAUUGGAGAGCUGUAAGGAAGGGAUUCAGUGCCGUGUGUCCCUCUUUGCUUACUUUACUUGACGGCAGAGCAGCGUCGAUCUGCUGGAUCGCACCGCACUGCCCACAAAUGUUUGUCGUUGCAACCGUGUGCACUCAAGGCAGACGCAUGCUGUGACCUUUUGACUGUGUAGCAGUAUUGUUGUCGCCAUCUUUGUUACAUUUUAAAAGUACUCACUUUUCUGAAAGUAAAGACAUUGAUUAAAAAAUGCUUUUUUUGAAAUGGAUCACAGGCUGUGACUGAAGAGUUGAUCGUCAUAUAUAGAUAAGAUAUCAGGGCGGCAUUUUUACCUAUUGACACAGGCCCCCUGGAGCCAAGGCCCAUCCCGUUAUGAUCAAUGAGGCAGUGUGUGCUAUGCAGCCUUGAAACCACCACCCUCACUGGUUUAUUUAUCACUGCCAAGCUGUUUGCGGAUGUGGCCGUUUUAAAUGCAGGGCCACUCAGUCCCCAGUGCUUGUUUUUCAUGUAUGUUGUGAUUAUUGUGCAGCGCACUAAAGAGUGUGCGCUAACCUCGGCCUGUGUAGUGCAUACUAAAGAGGGGCCCUAAUAGGAAUGGAAUGACAGCUCGUGUGGAGAGGGGAGGACUGGUCACUUGAGAGAAGUAGACCAGUGUGUGGUCCCCUCUCGGUGCUCAAGCUGUGCAUUGGUGCUUUUUAUAGGGUCCCCCAGCCUGAAAACGCCUGCUUUGGUUUCCAAGAUGCAGGGAAAUGCAUAUAUGAGUGAAAUGCAAAUAAGGAAUGAUGGACCGGCUCUUCUUCAGUUGCAUUUGGUUGGGUGUUUUCUGCAACUGGGUCCACUGCAACCUGUUCACUGUGUUGGAGUCAUACGUGGCUGAAGCUGGAUUUUACCAGCAAUAAAAACUAAACCUUCAGAAUCUGUUUUAGAUUAUCAGGGAGAAGCUGUGGCUCUAGUCGUAGACGCGCAGCUCAAAGGCCACUCGGAUCCACAGGGCUGGUUUGCAGGAGACACCUCUGAGCAGGAUCUGCUUACAUUGAAUGAACUUGAUGGGAGGGAUCAGCCGAUUAUGAUUGCUCUCUUUAACGAGGAGGUUGUUGGUGUUUAAGGUCGGCGGACUUGUGAAGGUCAGAGAGAGGAGGAGGGAAGAAAAGACGGGCAGGGACUUACAGAACUCUGAUCAGGUGUUCGUGUGUCGAUCGAGAAGAAAAACAGAAAACCUUUUUUCCAGUAGAUCUAGAAUCUUCCUUAAUUGUUUACUCUUCACCAUAAAAAUCCACACACUGUUUCUUUGUCUGGUUUCCUGUCUCCCCUUUCUCCAACUGUGCUCUUCAUCUUUUGUUUAUUACAAAGUAUUAAACAAGAACUGUCAGAAUCAGAAUGGAAUCUGUCACUCUUAUUUUUAAUUUUUCUCUCUUUCUCUCGCGUCUGUUCUUUGUCCUGUUUGUAUCCUAUUCCAUCGUACAUGUGGAGCUGAUUGACUAUUGUGUGCUUCGGGGAUUGAAAGAAGACAAAAAAUAUGAAUAAUUUUUUCAGUCAUUAAUUCUGAAUCUUGUUUCUGUUUGUUGUAUCAUGUCCGAGUAAAGGUUUUAAUACUGUA